AAAAUGGAGCUCCUCCUCAGUGCCACCGCUAAUACAAUUCUUCUGGGAAGGCAAAAUUUCUCUGACCAUUCCCAUAGAAACGAUCUUCAAUUAUAUUUUGUCUUCUGCAAUCGAAACUCUUGCUUCUUCUUCUCAAAUUUAGCUUCAUGAAAGCGUAACUGUUUCUUGCGUCUUUUUUUUCCAUCAUCCAACAUGGAAAAAACUAGUGGCGCUGACAAGUACAACGUUGAAACCGCGGAAAUCUUGGCAAACGAGGCACAGAGUUUGCCUGUUACUGAGGCCACACCCAUAUUCGAGCAGCUUCUGCUAUUGUUUCCUACUGCUGCCAAGUUUUGGAGGCAAUAUGUGGAGGCACAUAUGGUUGUAAAUAAUGAUGAUGCGGUCAAACAGAUUUUCAGUCGGUGUUUGUUGAAUUGCCUUCAGAUUCCUCUAUGGCGAUGUUACAUUCGUUUCAUUAGAAAGGUCAAUGACAGGAAGGGCAUAGAGGGUCAAGAGGAGACAAGAAAAGCUUUUGAUUUUAUGCUUAACUAUGUUGGUAAGUUGUUUUCCUUUUUCCUGUUUGCAUGGUCUUAGUUGUCAUUGGAUUGG